AUGAGAAUCAAAAUUUUUCUUCAGGAUCACCUACCAGUCCAUGCGAACGCAUCAGGUGAUGGAGAUGGUGUUCCUGGGCGGUGUUGUCGACUGUGCGGAGGCGAUACUAACCUCCGCUACUUCGGAGACACAUACGUCUGGGAAGGGGUUGAAGAGAGAUACGACCAGCUCUUGUUUGACUGCUUUGGGGUGAAGGUGACUCCAGCAGAUUGCAUGAUCUGUGAGUGGUGUGUUCGUGCUUUGAGGAACACGGAACGGUUUCGUGCUCUCGUGCAUGCGGCUUUCGACCAUCGUCCGAGCGAUGUAUCGUCAAGUACUACAUUGAAAUCUAUAAGCACUAAAUACGAGGCCACGUCCAUAAAACAAGAAAAAGAGCAGAAGUUAAAGCCAAAAUGUGAAGUGGCUAAAAGACGAGAUGCUAGAAAGAGGUUUUUUGCGAACGGCGUCAAAGCUAAAAGGAUAAAUAUCCCAUGUGACGUUUGUAAGCAAAGGUACCCAAUGCUAAUUUCAAGUGACGAAAGGAAAACCUUCGUCUGUUCCCGUUGCAAGAAGAAUGAUGAAAUAAAAGGAGGUGCUCUCUGUAGGAAGUGUAAUAUAAUGAUGCCUUCAAAUAUGUUAAAGGAACAUCUAGAUUUACAUGCGAAAGCACAACUUAGAGGGAAAGCCAGACUCCAGCAGGCCAAAAAAUCUACACUGUUAUCAGUGAACAGUACGACAAAGCAGAGAGCUCAGAAGUUCCAAUGUACCCGUUGUCCGAAGAAGUACGCAAUGGCUAGAAAUUUGGUGCUACAUGUUAGGAUCGCGCACGGGGAUAGUCUUGAUACGUUGUGCUCUGUUUGUGGGCAAAAUAUGAUAACGAGGGAGAAGUUGGAGAGUCACCUCGCGACCCACGGCAGUCCACACCAGUGCUACGAGUGUCUCCUGAUCUUCAAGAACAAGCAGGCUCUUGUAGCCCACAGUACUAGUCAUCAUAUCAAGUCCACCUCCACGUCCAGCUGAAUAUAAUAUUGACACAUUAUACUU